AGCAGCACGGAGAACAGCAUCAGGAAGGAGAUCGCCAUCAUGAGGAAAUGUCGACACCCAAACCUGGUCCGAUUGUUGGAAGUGAUCGACGACCCCCGGCAGGAAAAAAUCUACAUAGUAAUGGAAUACAUUCCAGGAGGACCGGUGGAAUGGACAGAUUCCAAUCAAGAGCCUAUAUUGACGUUGAGGCAAAUACGAUGUAUCAUGCGAGACGUGAUUCUUGGCCUUGAAUAUUUACAUCACCAAGGUAUCAUACAUCGUGAUAUCAAACCCGCAAAUAUAAUCUACACCACUGACCGCCAGUCGGUAAAGAUUAUUGACUUCGGCGGCACACGGGAUGCUAUCGAGGAUGCUGCCCUCUUUCCCGAUUCUGAUCUCCUAAAAAGGAUAGGAACCCCGUCUUUCCUCUCACCUGAGGUUGUUUGGUUUGCAGAUGCUAACCGACCGCCAAUAACGAAGGCAAUAGAUAUCUGGUCGCUUGCCAUAACAUUUUAUUGCCUUCUUUUUGGGCAUACGCCAUUCAAC